GGCCAGGAAGUGGUCGUAGACGACGAGAACUUCGGCGGCCACGGCAGAACAGCCCGACGGAAGAAAGUCCAGGCUGAACGGAGAUCCAAAAGUAAGACCUGCAAGACAUAUACCCAAACCGUUGGUUUAACUACUCCUGCUAAUGCACACUUGCUAAAGCUUAUCAUGGGAGUGAUGCAUUCCAGCUGUUCCUGGAAGCCUAUCAGCUUUUGCUGUGGAAACAAUGUCACGCUCUGGUUCAUGUCAAGGGGCUUCCCUCAGAACUCGAGUUCUCAGACUGGCGUGUCAAGCGAACUUGAUAAAGAAGAGUACCAGUAUCACAAGCGGAAACUCAGUACUUCACCUCGAGUAAUUGAUUCUUUGGCUCUUUGCUACUUGGGUACCUUGUUACUCCGCCUUCCAGUGAGCAUUGGGUACAUGCAAAAAUGGGUUGCUGAGGAUGAAAUCCCGUUCAUGAGGCCUCUCCGCUUUAUACCCUCAGACAUGAAAGACAGGCUACCUGCAAUAUAUCACAUCGCAUUUGAUACAAAGAAUCUACCCGUUGGGGAUCAAAUUCAUCGAGCUGUUGCGGACUUGAUUGUGCUAUACCACCGUGAUUUUAGCAUAGAGUUUCCGGCCAUUAACUCAUCAUUACUCCUUUUCUCUUAUGUGAAGCAACUCGCUCUACCUAUCGAAGUGUAUUCAGCUGUUAAGCAGCUUAUGAAAAGCGUGGAAUUUACAUACACAUUCCCAAAAGAAAUAACUAGGAGAUUUCAUCGGAUAUACCUACCAGAGGUGCAGCUGAUAUGUCUUGUUAUUGUUGCUACUAAGCUUCUAUUUCCAUUUGAUAACGUCAAAAGAUACCCACAGGCAUUGAACGAUCCCUCCGUUCAAGUUAUAGAUUGGGAAAAAUGGGCUGAAGCUCAAAGUACAUUUGACCGUAGGGGAAUUUCACAAGGAUUCCUCACAAAUGGUGCUGCAAUGCAAGUUACGGAGAUGGAUGCAAUGGAAAUGACACAGCAACAGCUAGAUGAAUACAUGGAUUGGUACGAUAGAUUUUGGGUUGCUGAUAAAGGUGCCAAGGCUUCCAACCCUUUUGCAGAGAUGUUUCCAACAACUAGAGCAGCAGCUACCGAGACGGAUAACCAAGCUAGGCAGACGGAUGAUGAAGCAGUAGUUGAAAAAUUGCAGGCUGUCCUAUCCAGCUUACGAGUUAGGAGGGUAGUUACUGAAGAAGAGGCUAGCAGGCUUAUGAGACCUGUCCCCCGACCAGGAUGCGAUUACCUGCGGUUCCGUUAUGAAUACCAACUACCAGAUAUUGCAAGGAAUUUCUAUGAUACUGCCGCGAAAACCAUUGGCGUGUCUUUGGAAACUCUGGUCCUUGCUGUGUAUCAGACAGAGGCCCGAAUUCACGUUCCAAAGGAGGAAAGCCGGAGAUAG